UCGCGGAAAGUGUCAUUUCAGACGACAACAAAAUGGCUGAAACGCUUUCGCUUCGUAAAAAACGUUCAGUUAACUUUUCCCAUGAGGAAACUGCUCUAAUCCGUGAAGGUGUUAUGAAAUUUGACAAAGUUUUGACAAAGAAAUUUUCAAGCGGCUCAACACCAGUCACCAAGAAAAUUCAAGAUGGGGCGUGGGCCGAAAUAACGGAAAAAGUGAAUUCCGUCGGUCGUGCGUGUCGCACGAUUGACGACGUGAAAGAAAAAUAUCGGAAAAUGGUCUCGAAGGCCAGAGAGUCGCUUACGAUGGAGCGAAAAAACGCCCGGCAGACGGGUGGCGGACAACCGAUGAAAGACGCAGACACGGUAACGAUGUCAAUCAUUGAAACAAUGAAGGAAACGCCGUCCUUCAGUGGGAUUCCGGGUGCUUCUCAAUCCGAAACCACCAUCGGUGCAGUGCGCAGCGCAACAGGAUUUGUUGAGCUGCUCCAACUGGAUGACUUCCUCAACUUUGCUGACGAUAUUCGUCCAUUCGACGAUGAUGAAACAGUAAAUGAAACAUCAAAAGACAGCAGUGCAGAUCAAGUUCUUAGUGUGCCUGUUCCUGGGAAUAAUAAGGAAAUUAAACCAAGCAGGAAUCCAGCUAUUGGUAAAAGGAAAGAGCAGACCCUGAGGGAACUGCAGAUGGCAUAUUAUGCUGGAGCCAUUGCAGUUCAACAGGAAAAGUUGCUCCUUAUGAAAUCCCAGAGAGAGUUUUUUGAGGAGGGAAAGCUCAUGAUGGCAUUUGCCAAAGACAAACUGUAAAAGAAUGUCAUCAAACAACAUUUUUUAUCAUUUUGAAAAAAAAUAAUUCUAAAAAUGAUAAUAAAUGAUACAAAUUACAUUUGUAGCCGGGUUUUGUGUAAACAACCCAAUGGGUUUUAAGUUCCAAGUUUUUAAUAUAUGUGAAUGAUGGUCAGUGACCAAGACUUAGUGUAGAAAGUGGCAAUUGAAAAUAGCCAACUACAACAUCUACCUCUUGCAAGGUUUUACAUACAAGUGACUUAACAUUUAGUUACUAUUUAAAAUUAUAUGGAUGAAUAUGAAAUAAUCUCACAAUAAACACAAAAAUGUAAAUAAAGUAAGUUAGAGAGUAGACACUCAGUUGUAGACAGUGUUUACAAGGUGCAUGAGAAAAUUCCUGACUUAUAUUUAAAUACAUCUGUUCAAUCAGCUGAUGGCUGACCUAGUUGUCAGUUAAAUGUAAGCAUAAUGGAUCUCUAUAAUUAUGCACAGGGAAAAUAAUUAAAAUUAUUAAACUAUAUAUUUAUGAACACAUUUUAAAGACUUGUUUUGUCUUUAUCAGAUGUAAAUGAACACACAUUUUAUAGACUUGUUUUGUCUUUAUCAGAUGUAAAUGAACACACAUUUUAUAGACUUGUUUUUUCUUUAUCAGAUGUAAAUGAACACACAUUUUUAAGACUUGUUUUGUCUAUGUCCGUACAUCAGUCUGAAUACUAUUACGCCAUACAUAGAUCAAGUCACCCAUGGUGCCUUGUAAUGUCCGUCCGUCUUCAUCUGCAAUUAAUGUUAUUUAUUGAUGAUUAGUUUUAUUACUCAUUAUUAUUGUUAUUAAUAUUGUUAUAAAUAUUAUUAUUUAUUUAUGUUAUAAAUGGUUUUUUAAUAUUCAAUAUUAUUAUUAAUAUUAUAA